ACUCCCACCAAAAAAUUUGUCAAAUUAGGGUUCAGGGUUGGCCAAAAAUUGGAAGUCCGUGAUCAUGGAGGGGUGGGAUCCGAAUACGAAAUCGACUCUAACACAGAUCCCGCUGCUCACAACGAAAGCUGGACCAAGAGACGGAGCGGCAUGGACGCAGAGGCUGAAGGAGGAAUACAAGUCUCUGAUCGCCUACACCCAGAUGAACAAGUCCAAAGACAACGAUUGGUUCCGAAUUUCCGCCGCCAAUCCCGAGGGGACACGGUGGACCGGCAAGUGCUGGUAUGUUCAUAACCUUCUCAAGUACGAAUUCGAUCUUCAGUUCGAUAUCCCGGUUACUUACCCCUCCACUGCCCCCGAGCUCGAGCUUCCGCAGCUUGAUGGCAAGACCCAGAAGAUGUAUCGAGGAGGGAAGAUUUGUCUGACUAUUCAUUUCAAGCCACUGUGGGCGAAGAAUAGUCCCCGAUUUGGCAUUGCACAUGCACUGUGCUUGGGACUUGCUCCAUGGCUGGCAGCUGAAGUUCCCAUUCUGGUGGAUUCUGGGAUGAUCAAGCACAAAGAUGAUACAGCCUCAUCAAGUGAGUCUUAAUUUUGCAUAGUUGAUUAUGCUGCUGUAAAAGUUAUGUCAUCAGACAUCGCCCUUUUGAACUACAGAAAUAAAGAUUGAGGAAGUGUUCUCAAUUUGUUCUGAACAUCAAAUGUACAAUUUCUGUGGAGCUGACAAAGGGAUUAUACAGUUGGAACUUGGAAAUGCAUCGAAUGCACAUAACAUCAUGGGAACUUUUGUCCCCAGUGGUUGCUUGAAUUACCGGUCAUCAAGCCUCUCUUUUUAAAUUUUGGCUCUUGUAGCUCCUAACUGUUGCACCAUACUCUUCCAUUGUGAUUUGUGUGAUGUAACUUCUUAACUCUGGCCUCUUCUUUUCUGUUUUCUGUUUGUGACAACUAUCAAGUGAUCAAUGAUCAGCUUGUACAUCUUAUAUUGAUUGAAG